AUGGGCUGCAUAACAAAGCCCGUCAUCAUCAGCGGCGCCGGGGUUGUCGGGCUCACCCUCGCCCACGGCCUCAAAAAGGCCAAUAUUCCGUUCAAGGUUUACGAACGCGACGACAAUGUCGACGCUCGCGGCCACGGAUGGGCCAUCACGAUCCACUGGGCCCUGCCGUUCCUCGUCCAGCUUGUCGACGACGAGACCGUCGAGGCCAUUGAGCAGGCCCAAGUCGACCCCGAAGUCGGCCGCAACGACAGCGGCAACUUCGUCUUCCUCAACCUAGAAACCCUGGACCCCAAGUUUCGCAUCCCUCCCAGCACGCGCCGCCGCGUCAACCGCGAGAAGCUGCGCAAGGCGCUCGUCCGAGGCGUCGCAGACGGCGUCCACUGGGGUAAGCGGCUGAGCAACGUCGAGCUGCUCGACGUUGACGUUGCUCAGGGGGAGGGGGAGGGGGAGGGGGAGGGGGACGCUGGCGUUCGAGCCACGUUUGCAGACGGAUCCUCGGAAGAGGGCAGCCUGGUCGUCGGGGCCGAGGGAACCAACUCGCAGACAAGAAAGCUCCUUCUGCCGGACAGCCAUGGGAACCAUCAGCUGCCGGUGCGCUUCAUCGGCGCCGCGGUCGACAUGACGCCGGAGCAGGUCCAGCCGUUGCGGGACAUUGACCCGCUCCUCUUCCAGGGCUGCCACCCCGUCACGGGUCAGUACCUCUGGGUGUCCAUGAUGGAGACGCCCGAGGCCAACGGCACCCUGGGGACCGGCAGCGAGCGGUACCGCGUGCAAAUCAUCAUGUCGUGGAUGGCCAAGAGCGACGCCGACCAGGUCCCGCCCUCGGGCGCCGAGCGCAUCGCCGAGAUGAAACGCCGCGCGGCCGGGUUCCACCCCCUUCUGCGCCGCGCCGUCGAGAGCCUCCCGGACUCGGCCGCCGUCCUCCACGUCACCAUCCAGGACUGGCCGUGCCUCGAGUGGGACAACCGCCGAGGGCGCGUGACGCUCGCAGGAGACGCGGCCCACGCCAUGACCAUGUACAGAGGCGAGGCCGCCAACCACGGCAUGCUCGACGCCUACCGGCUCGUCGAGCGCCUGGAAAGGGUGCACGCCGGGCAGACCACGCUCAAGGCCGCCGUCGACGAGUACGAAGCCGAGAUGAGGCGCCGCACCGGCGGUCCAGACGGCGCCGUCAUGCUCAGCAGGCAGGCUUGCCUCGACGCCCACGAUUUCCACGGACUGAACGAGAGCUCGGCAGUGCUGCGGAGACGGGCCAUCACGGGCGAAUAA